AAUUUCAUGCUCGACCAUACACAAAAACUCUCAAACAAUGUACUUAUCAAUUUAAAAUAAAAUAUAAACAUCAAUCUAUUUUUGUCUAUCAGCCAUACUGGUUAAGCAAGGUGCUUUACAGAUAGAUUCCAAAUUUUUGAACGGAAAAAUAUAUUCGAACACACUGACGGUGCAUGGGAAAUUAUUUUGUUAAAAAAAUAUUCCGUUAGAUUGUUCUGACUCAAAUUAACGCUUACAUUUAAAUUAGCCAAUCAGAUUUUGUGCACUUUAUGGCCGCCAUUUGGUUAUCGGCUGUAAAAGGAAUUUAAGUACAUGAGAGGAUUUAAUCAUGAUUUUUCGGAUGUGACAGUUUAAUUAUUUCGACAAAAGUUAUUUAUUUUUUAGUUUUGUUCAUAAAUAGGUCAAAACUUAUGUAAAUACACGCUGUCUUCAUUGUUUUUCGUUCCGCCCGAUUUUCUGGCGGAACAUGCUAUGGGUUUUUGAGCAAUUUCGAUAUGACGUUGCUUUGCCCAGAAGCAAAAAUAUCUCAAAGCGACGUCAUAUUUAUAGGACUAGGAACCAGAGAGACCGCGCUUCUGGACUGAUGGCAUAUAGUUUUGCGGCAUCCAUCCUUCCAUCCAAUUACUGUAGAACCUUUAUUAUAAUAUAAGUAAAUGACUUACCUAUUUAGAUGUAUGUAUAUCAGGUCCAGAUGCACUGACAUGCCUGUCUAAUCACCUGUUCAAUGUUGCCUACAGCACCAAUGGCUGCUUUUAGAGGAAUCAUCCAGAAUCCCAAUGGGCCCUUCUCCAUCAGGGGUUACAGCCAAUCAAGGUUAUCAAACAUAUACUUAGGUACUCAACCUAUCUCUUACCCAGGUCUGUUAAUACCACAAUAUUGUUGCCCUUCCGUCAGAUUUUUGUCCAGUCCAUAACUGUUAUUUAUGAAGGAAUUUCAAUUAAUGAUGUAUAAAUGUGUUGUACUUUGGGCAAUUUUUCAUGUGCUACAUCUAAGUCUGAAGUUCAAAGGUCAAGGUCACACUCUGACUUCAAAGGAUAGUUUUAUUUUAAUAAAAUUGCACUGAUGUUCGUGUUCCAUAAACAAUUCUGUGAUUUAAAGCAACAUUAAAUAAUAUAUAAAAAUAUUUUGCCAUUAACUCAAAGAAUGAGCAUUUAUAUAGUUCCAUAAACCUUUUUGACGGGAUAGCUUUAAAUCUGAUCAAAAACUGUUCAGAAAUACGAAUUUGAAAGGAAAACCCCACGGCAACACUAAUGUUUGUAUACAAACUUUAACAUGUGAAUGAAGAGACGGGAAUUAGUUCGCGCAUGCACCAAGGCAAUCAUAAUGUCACAUGGAUCAACAGUUUAAAAAAUGGCAGAGCGACUGAAAAAGGAACGGAUGAAGAGAAAGUCAGAGGAGGAGCGGUUAGCUACGAAAAAAAGAGUGCAAAAGGAAAUACGAGUUAUCGUCACAUAUAAUAAGAAUUUCAUUGAGAAAUUUCAGUAGAUGGAAAGAUGCAAAAAACGCCCUGAAUGUCAAGACGAAUGACGACGUUGCAUCGGCUCUUCUUGAUCUGUGAAAUGCGAAAAGGGACACAUUAUAAGAAGAUGGAAUUCUCAGCCAUUGCUGAAAAAGAAGCCUGCAGGUGACUUACUAUUGUCCGCAGCAUUACUGUGUAGCGGGAAUAAUUAUGAAAAAGUACGUUUGAUGCAUAGUUUCCUGAGAUUAGGAAUAACUGCUUCUCCAACGCACUAUCAGAUCCAAUCUAAACAUGCUAUUCCGGUCAUUAAGGAGGAAUUUGAGAGAGUCAUGAAGGCCAAUAUAGAAAAGUAUAUUGGGAAGAACAUAGUUAUUGCAGGUGAUGGACGUAUGGACUCACCAGGACAUUCAGCCCAGUAUUGUACAUACACCAUAAUGGAAUAUGAGAACAAGGACAUACUUGCCUGUGAGAUAGUGAAUAAAAGAGAAACAGACAUGAAGUCAACCGCUAUGGUAAAAGAAGGACUGAAGCGUUGUUUAAAGAAAUUGUCUGAUAGUGGAAUAACCAUACAAGAGCUCUGUACUGAUGCAAGCACAUCUAUUGCCUCAAUGAUUGGAAAAGAAUAUCCAGAUAUAGAGCACUCAUUUGACGUAUGGGACGGAGCAAAGAACUUUGGCAAAAGACUAGGAGCAGUUGGAGCGGAAAGUAAGAACAAGGAACUGAGACCAUGGUUACCCCAUGUCAUUAAUCACUUCUGGUAUUGUUGUCGAGAGGCUGGAGGAGAUGAGCAUAAACUUUUGGGUAAAUGGCGAGGUGUUCUCCAUCAUGUGGUCAAUGAUCAUAAGUGGGCACUUGGUGAGUGUGAUCACGGAACAUUGCAAGAGGCGGAAGACAGCAAAUGGCUUGAACCUGGAGAGUCUUCGCAUUUAGCUCUUACAAAGCUUGUUUUAGAUACAAGAUUUUUGCACAACUUGAGAUUCUAUAAGAAUUUCCGUCACACUGAGGAUUUAGAAUCAUUCCAUGAACAUAUUCUCAUGUACUGUGCUAAGAGAUUUGCCUACACACAUCCGGUCUACAAGGCUCGCAACUACUUAGCCUGUAUUGAUUACCAGGCCCAUAAAGAUCGAGGAUUGUUGAGAAACAAGAAAGGAGAAAUUAGACUUCAUAGGAUGUUUUCCAAAAAGAGUAACAACUGGACAUGUUAUCCCCAAAAGCAGCCAAAGAAAUAUGAAUACAUUCCCGAACUUUUGAGACAGAUCAUAGACCAUUUUGUUUCAAGUGACAUUCCUUUAACAGCUCCUCAGGAGAUGUCACCAUCAGAUCCAAGAAAAAUGAAACAAACAUUAUCAGAAUUGUUUCCCCCUCCUUGUGUUUUAAUGGAACAGAAAAAGUCCAGAUUUGGGGAUGAGAAAUAGACAUAUACAACUGAGUGUUUUGGGAUGAGAAAUAGACAUCUACAACUGAGUGUUUGGGGAUGAGAAAUAGACAUAUACAACUGAGUGUUUGGGGAUGAGAAAUAGACAUCUACAACUGAGUGUUUGGGGAUGAGAAAUAGACAUAUACAACUGAGUGUUUGGGGAUGAGAAAUAGACAUAUACAACUGAGUGUUUGGGGAUGAGAAAUAGACAUAUACAACUGAGUGUUUGGGGAUGAGAAAUAGACAUAUACAACUGAGUGUUUGGGGAUGAGAAAUAGACAUAUACAACUGAGUGUUUGGGGAUGAGAAAUAGACAUCUACAACUGAGUGUUUGGGGAUGAGAAAUAGACAUCUACAACUGAGUGUUUGGGGAUGAGAAAUAGACAUCUACAACUGAGUGUUUGGGGAUGAGAAAUAGACAUCUACAACUGAGUGUUUGGGGAUGAGAAAUAGACAUCUACAACUGAGUGUAACAAUGAAGUUACUAUACAAGUACAUAAUUACCAGUGCACAGUUAUGCAUGCCUACAGCCACUCAAUCAGAUAUAUUCAUGUAUUGGAUGUUAAAUUGAUAAUAUGCCAUUUUAAAAAGGUUACUUUGUUAUAUCUUUGGAAUUUCCAUGUAUGUGAUAUUAUAUUUGGCUGCAUUUUUCAGGUCUUCAUGAAAUGUUUUCAAUGAAGAAAUUUUGUGAGUCAUUGGCAAUCCAAAAUGAUGUCAAUUGGUCUUUUAGGACAUUUAAUCUGUUAUGAGGCUAUAUUUUGUAGGUUAUCCUGACUUCAAAACAUGUAAAUUGAUUAAUUUAAGGAUGGAAAUGUAUAUAGAUAGUUCUGAUGCAGACUUUGUUUAAGACCAUUUUUUUUCAAUAUUUUGUUUCACAAAAAGAAACUCAGUUUCCAGAUAAUAACUCUUUAAAUGUGACGCUGAAUUGUAAUAAUAUUUGGUUCAUCAUAAAAUAAAGGUUGAAUUUGAUUUCUUGCCACUGAUAUAUAAGCGCUAGACUUUUUGCUGUCCGCAAACUUUAUCUUUGAUAAAAACUUUUUAAGUUCUUGGUGUAUUGUCUUUAUACAUGUCCUUAACAACCUUUGGGACAAGAUCUUCAAGUAAACCAGACUAAACUUGAUCUUCAUUCAUAAUUGCCAAGAUCAAAUGUCUAAAUUUUGCUUGAGUUUUUCUAUUAGUGGCUUCAACAUUAUUUUUGAAUGGCUUGUCUCCAAAUUUGAACUUAACAAUUUUUCAGGAUAGACGUUCAAGAAAACCAGACAUUAACCUUCAUUAAUGACUUUGAAGGCCAAAUUAAUGAAAUUUUUAUGUUUUUGCUUGUAACUGUAUAUAACUUGGUUAUAAUGAAUGGAUUAACUUCAUAUCAAGAUUCUUCAGGAUAAGAUAGACAUAUUAAACUCAAAUUGACCAUGGCUCAUUAUGACCUUGGCAUUGAAGGUUAAAUUAUCUUAUUUUCACUUAUCUUGCUAUUAUUUAACUGUAACUGAGUAUUUGAAUUAUCUUCAAAUUGGGAUAAAACAAUCCCUUGGAUAAACCCUCCAAAAGUUUAUCUGACCUUGACCUUUAAAUGACAUUGACUGUAAAUGUUAAAUUAUUAAUUUUGCUUUUUGUCAUAACUAGUGACAAAAGAAGACUUGCUUCCAAGCAUAUUUAAUAUUUAGAUGUGACCUUAAAUUGUCAUUGACUUUCAAUGUCAAAUUAAUGGUAUUCUCUUGUUUGUUUUCUGUAACUGUAUAUAACUUCAUUAUUUAUAAAUGGAUUAUUUAAGUCAUAUUGAGACACAUUUUUAGGCCAGGACCUUGAAGGUCAAAUUGAUGACUGUUAGCUAUAUUUAGCCCCGUCCUGCGAGUGCCCUUGCUCUGUUUUUAACACAAAACAUGGUUUCUUUAUAAAGCUCUUUGUAAUAAUUGUUGUUACACAGAUGAAACAGUAAAUGCAGAUAGAGUUCAAACUUAGCUUAGGAAUGUGUCUGUUUUUUGAAGGACUUUGAAAAUACACACUUUUGCAAAUGUUUUAUUUAAAUAAAAGAACUUUUUCUCAUUUUCAAACUUGGUGUCAAAAUUAUGCUUUACUUAUGAUUAUCACUUACACAUUUGAUAUGAUUCAUAUUAAGUGAUUGUACAAACAUUUGUCUUAGAAUAUGUUUAUAAAGUACUGAACAAAAACUUGAUAUAAUAAAAAUUUCA